AGCGCGUUGCGAGUCAGAUGCUUUCCGAGCCACCAGCUGGCCACAAGAGGCUCCUUCAAGAGAUUUCUGGCCAUUGCACAUUGGGCUUUGCUAUUGAAAGUAUUUAGUGUUCAGUGUUGCAUUCAGUUUACAUUUUUGCGUGAAAUUGUCGUGGAUUUUUGUGAAAAUAAUUUAUUACAUAAACAUUCAGCAAUAUAGUGAAGCGUCUUCCUGAAGAAUAUUCACGCAUGGACCAAAAGGACAUAAAAUAAGGAAAUUUUUGUGCAAUAUACUCAGUGGAAAGCUCUAAGCUAAUUUAGUGUCUCAUCUGUUCAUUAAGUGCUCAUACAUUCGUGGUAAUAUUUUAUGUGAGGUUUGACUUUCGACGUAAAGUGAAUCUUAUCAGAAUCAAUCGGGCCUCCGUGGCCUCUUGUUGCACCAACUCGCUAUACAGCACUCUCGACAACAAUUUGGUUGUUUGGUUUCUUUUCGGGAGAGAAAGUGCAAAAGGCAUAUUGAAUCAGUCAUGAGAUUAUCUUGGAUAAUUUUGUCAUGGAUUCAGAUAACACUGACUCUCGGAGCGGACAUCCUCAUGGUAACAAUGGGUGGAACAAAGUCACACAAAGCAAUUUUCAUGGAAUUGUCGAAAGGACUCAUUCCAAGAGGUCACAAUGUUACUUUUCUUAAUGGAUUUCCUGCUGACUAUCCCAUACCGGGUUUGCAGGAGGUAACACCAUCUGGACUUGUUGAAUAUAUCCAAAACUACACAAAUUGGGACCUUCUUGGCGCAAGAAUGCGUGGAGACAUGCCAAUUGGAUUCUGGGAUGUCAUCAGAUAUCCAUAUGAGUCCUGUGAUGCAAUGCUGAGUGAUGGCGAGACAAAAGAACUACUCAAUCGUCAUUUUGAUCUCGUCAUCCUGGACGGAGCAUUCCCGGAAUGUGCCCUCGGAAUGGUCUACAAAUACCGCGUGCCCUUUAUGUUUGUCAACACGGUGGGCUUCUACACGGGGAGCCUUUCUCUGGCAGGAAAUCCUGUUCCAUACUCAAUUACACCCGCUUUCUAUGCACCCUUCACAGACGACAUGACCUUCUGGCAGAGAGCCUUCAAUGCUCUUCACUACCUCCUCGUCAGCGUCAUGCACCAGCCCAUCAUGACGGUAGUGGGACGUGUAGCACGCAAUCAUGUUGGUGCUGACAUGCCUCAUCCCUAUGACAUGGCCAAGAAUGUAAGCUUCAUUCUCCAAAAUGGGCAUCCAAGUGUUUCCUAUGCCCGACCAUUCCUUCCAAAUGUGGCUGAAAUUGCAUGUAUUCACUGCAAACCUGCAGCAGCGUUGCCUAAAGAUUUAGAAGAUUUCAUAGCCGGAGCAGGAGAGUCAGGAUUUAUCUAUGUCUCAAUGGGUUCUUCUGUGAAAGCAGCCAACAUGCCGGAGCACCUUCGGCUUAUGCUCGUUCAGACAUUUGCUCGUCUACCUUACCAUGUGCUAUGGAAGUGGGAGGGUGGCACUGCAGGGAUGCAGGAUCUCCCACCAAAUGUUAAACUCGGUCGAUGGCUUCCUCAGCAGGAUAUACUCGGUCACCGAAAAUUGCGAGCUUUCGUGACCCACGGUGGACUAUUGAGUAUGUACGAGAGUGUUUACCACGGAAUCCCUGUGGUGACAAUGCCCGUCUUUUGCGAUCACGACUCGAAUUCUGCCAAGGCCGAAGCGGAUGGUUAUGCGGUGAAGCUUCCACUUGAAACUCUAACAGCGGACAAAUUGGUGAAGGCGAUAACGCAAGUGAUUCACGAUCCACGCUACAGGAAUGCCGCCAAGAAACGACAGCGUUUGCUGCGAGACCAAAGAAACCCACCUCUCGAGACAGCCAUCUAUUGGAUUGAGUAUGUCCUGAGGCACGAUGGAGCUCCCCACCUGCGUACACCAGGGCGAAAUCUGUCCUGGAUCCAGUACUAUAUGUUCGAUGUGGUGAUUGUGUGCGUGGCCAUCCUGGCCAUCUUCAGGCACCUCCUUAAGCGAAUCUCUUGCUCAGUUCAGGUGCAUCCAGCGAGUGAAGUGAGAAAAGAGAAGAUCCACUAGGAGGACCAAUAGUGCUUAUCUUAUUAGUGUGGGAACGUACCAAAAAAGUCACCCAGGAGUGGAAUGGGAUGGGAUUCUAAUCUCUCUUCAACUUUGCCCUCUGUCCUCAAAGUAGCUCUUUGUAAAUAGUUCGUCUCUUUUAGUGCUAAUUGUUGUGUAAGUUGUGAUGUUUUUUUUUUGUAUAAUGUAUAAUUAUUUUGAACAAAAACACGAUGAUGGAUGAAGACAAA